AUGGUACACAGCUUGUAUGAAGUGGCCCAGGCCGAUUCUUACCAUGUCUUCGCCGGCUCUGCGUUACUCGGAGUUUUGUUCCACGUGUCUAUCCAGUUUGUCGAAUUCGAGAAGUUCAUGUUCCACUUCCUCGCAGCAUUGCUGGUAAUGUCUAUAGCAGUGUCGACGGCGUUCUCGAUCUUUGGUCAGGUUGCAUGGAGAUUUCCUGGGCCGUUUGGCGCAAAGCUCAGCCGCUUCUGGACUGCCUAUAUCUCCAGCAAGAACGCCCAAUAUUACAAGGAGCUAGAGAAAAUGCAGGCGAAGUAUGGCGAUUUCGUGCGUACAGGGCCAAGGGAGAUCACUGUGUUCCGUGCCACGGCUGUUUCUGCAAUAUACGGCCCAGCAUCAAAAUUGCUAAAAUCAACAUGGUUUGGUCAGUCGGGCAAUGACCCAGACAAGUGCUCCCUUCACAUGCCAGCUCUUGCCGAAUAUCAACCACGCAUCAAAGCGAAGUCCGAUCUCUUGAAAGAGCGAAUUCAAGACCGUGCCGGACAACCCAUCGAUAUCACUAAGUGGGCUAUGUUCUACAGCUUUGAUGUUGUUGGCGAAGUUGCGUUCGGGAAAGAUUUUGCGAAUCUUGUCACUGGUAUCGAACAUUCCGCCAUCAAGCCAAUUCAUGAGCAUAUUAGAGUCUUCGGAGUCUUGAGCCCAUUGCCCUGGUUGAUGAAUAUUUUGACAUGCAUACCUAGCGCUUCAAGCAUAUACACCGAGAUUUUCAGCUUUUGUGCGAACGAAAUCCGGGCUAAACAGAAGGUCAGUUACCAAUUUGUGGCUUUGACUCCUGUGGCACGCUACUUCGUUACUGACGUGCGGUUCACUCCAAAGUCGUGGGACAAUGAAGAAUAUCCGAACGACAUCGUAUCCUGGCUUCUGAAGGCGGUGUUCGAAAAGGACGCCUCUGCAGCUCCAACAAAAGAAGCCCUCGAUUACGACUCAAGACUAGUUCUAUUGGCUGGCAGCGAUACUACCUCAAGCACAUUAGCUAAUGCUCUGUUCUACCUCUGUAAGAAUGUGGCGACACAGAAAAAGUUGCGUGAAAAGCUUCAACGGGCUCACUCUGGGGGGGCUCGGCAAUGGGACUACGAGAAAGUGCAACUUGUCACAUACCUGGACGACAUUAUCGCCGAGACACUCCGCUUGAGGCCCGCAGUCCUUGUUGCCGGGUCUCGUGAGACCCAAGCGACAGGGCUCCAGAUCGACGAAGUUCACAUACCUGGGAAUACAAACGUACUAGUGUCUGUGUACAGCAUUCAGAGGGAUCCGCGUUACUGGUCGCGGGCCAAUGAGUUCAUACCAGAGCGGUGGGGGGACAGACGAUCAGAGAUGGGGACGGACAAGGCACCGUAUCUCCCUUUCUUGGCCGGGGCGUAUUCCUGCCCCGGUAAGAACUUUGCGUACAUGAGCUUGCGCAUUGCACUGUCAAUCCUUGUCCAGAAUUUUGACAUCUCGUUUUCCCCUGGGGAAAAUGGGUAUUCCUUCGAAAACAACGCGCUAGAUUGUUUUGUUAUCACUUUGCCGCCGCUGCAUCUCAAUUUCACUCCCCUUGUACUUUAA